GUCGCUCCAUCGUCCGCCGCGUGCGGGUACUUCGCUCGCGUUGAGCUGCGGAGGACGUCAGGAGUUUUGACGCGAGAGAGAACGAGACUGGUCCCCCAGGUUAGAUCCCCCUCCCCGAUCUCGCUACCAGCGAUUACGAUUUUGACUUUCGAGCGGGAAGACAUUGCCCCGAUGUGACAGAUGUGAGACUCCCGGCCGCAUGACCAGGCCCUGAAGCCGCCCUCGACCCGGAUGCGAUCGGUCGACGGUGCGUCGCAAGCGUGAACGUGAGGGUACGGAGUCCCGCGGGCAGUAACACCCGCCCCUCCUCUGUCGAGAAGUUGGCAAGAGCGCUGGAAAGCGAGAGACGCCUACGGAGAUGACGGGGAACGUGAGGAUCGCCGCGUCGUUGGUGCUGCUCGUCGCGGAACUGACCCUCGGGGACGUAGCUGACAGUGUAUCCAAUUGCAAGGAUCCCUGCUCCAGCCUGUGCGAGAAGACGCCUGUCGGCCUACCAAAUAGCGUGUACGUCAAGUCCUGCUGCCAGCGAGGCUGCAGGUUCUUCAACCUGGUCGACUUGCGCUACGAGUGGGAGCGGAGCAGUUUGAACGACACCCGGAACGCCUGCGAGGCCUCGUGCAGCGAGGCUUACGCAAACCUGAUUGAUCGCUACGUCUGCAACACCGGCUGUAAUUCCAUGGCCAGGCAACGAAUUUCGGACCUGCUGUCUCUGCUCACCGUUGCCAUAUGCACGGAGGAGAGCAUAGACGUUUCGUCAACGUCGCCUGACAUACCGGAGAACGACAUACUAACCGAUCCCGGGUUGCGGAAGGAACUACUUCCCAGAUGGUGGGAUUCCGACGGCUUCAAGCUGCCGCAGACCCACAUUAAAACCAUACCGAUGGACGCCAGGACCAUGGAUUACACCCUGUCCUCCGACUACUCGGGAGAGGCUAGGCAAGCGGCGUCCACGUCGAAAUUCGAGUCGUUUCAACGCGAAUUUGAAGAGAGGAAGGACAUCCCCGUCUUUUGGAAGUUCAUGGUCUUUGUGUGCCCGCGAUUUUUCUUCUGCGUCUGCUUCUUCUUGCUCCCCAUGUCGUUGUACCGUCUGUAUAAGGAUAGCCCGGACAAAAACAUGCCUUACAAAGAUAUCAGUUGGUUUUUCAUGAUUGUCACGUCGUUGUACCAUACGUUUGUUAAGGAUAACCCGGACAAAAUUACGCCUUACGAAAAUAUCAAUUCUUCGUCCGACUUUGCGUUAUUCAUACCGGACGACGCGGUGAUGUACAAGGUACCGCCGCCGAAAUACAGUGAGUCGUUCGGUCAUGCCAUUUAAGUCGCGACGUUUCGACGAAGACUUGAUGUAAUUGUAUCGCGUUUUACUAGCAUAAUACAAUAGUGCAAUAAGAUGCAAUUUAUUGCUGUGAAUAUCUUUUUUAAUCGCGCUUCGAACAUUUAGAUUGCAUCUACAGCGAGUGCCAUAGGCAAACCAAAUUGUCAUUGGUUUAUUUUAUAAUAUAAUUGGCGAUGCAUUUGCACAUGCAUAUUUAAUCAUACAUAAGCUGAGGUAACCAUCAAAUGACAGCGAGACGAAGACGAGCUGAUUCGGCAGUGUAAAAAAUUUCCCAAUCGAGCUGCGUAAAAUAUCGAGCUUUUUGAAGACUUUUACGUUGAUAUUACAGACUGAUCUGUUAGUUUUUAAAGUGUGUAUAUAUCGAAGAGGAUACAAACUUUUAAUAUCAAAAAUUGCCUUUACGUCUUUUCUGAAUGCAAUUUGCAUAAUUUGUAUAUGUAUAUAUUUAAGCCGACAUGGAUUAUCGUACAACGAACAAGUUCAAAUUCGCAGGAGUGGGCUUGUAAAACUUGUCCAACGACAAUAUAGGCGCGUAAUCAAAGUGUCACUUGAGUUGAUCGCUCUUCUUGUUUCGUGGCAAGCCGUCGUCCGGGAGUCGAGAUGAUAAUAGUACAAUAUUUAAAACCGUGAGCGUGCACGCCGUGAUGUAUGUAUUGUAUUCGAGUCUGCUAAAAGAAUAUUGUAAGAUAUACAUAUAUAACUAUUUUGUAUUAUAUAAAAUAUUUAUAUCAGUCUCCUUCUUUGUAAAAGAAAAGAAAAGGAGCACUGAAGUUUGUCCGUACGAAUUAAGAUUUCUUUCAAUUUCGCGCGUCUCCGCUAGAUUAGAAUUGCUACUUUCUCAACGCGGCACAUUGUUUUCACCGCUUGACAUUCGUUACGUAGCAUCGAUAACGAUCGUGACAUUGUAUUUCCGUAAACAAGAUAUGCGCGAGAAUUACGGUUAUCUCUGCAGAUAUAGUACAAGUAUAUAAUGCACACGCACAUUGAUAGGCACGCGCAUUCCGCACGAAUCUUUUUUAUAAAAUCUCAACUGUAUCAUACGUUAGAAGUUGUUUAUAGCGUAUAUAUUCUAAGGUAAUUUAUUGUUACAUGUGUAACGCAUUCUCUCAAUUUCAAUAGCUAGCGAUAUGUGAUUAGAGUCUUAUUGCUCUUUAUUCAGAGAUACACGAGACUGCGAGGUGUCACGAUACUAACGCGCAUUACAUGCGUGCAUCAUUUGCGGCGUUUGUUAGAAAACUUCCUUUGCACUACUUUUUUUCUUGCAGAGCAAGAAUUACGCUCUUCGCUCACGCGUGUGAGAGUAACAAUUUUAUUUCCUUUGUUUUUCCCAGGACACCUGUGAACACAUUUUGUAUAAGAAUAAUAUAUUUAUGCAGCGAUUGAUUUGUAGUAGUGCCGUGACGCAAUCUUGAAAGUUUUAAACUAAACCAAACUUACGUGUGAUCUAGGAACGUACGUAUAUGUAUAAAUGUUAAAGUUCCUGUUUGUAAGAUAUAUAUAUAUAUAUAUAUAUAUACACUUCUUGAAUUGAAUCUCGUUGUUACCGAUAUAUACCGAGUAUAGAGGGUAAGAUUACGCGUGUGUUCUCCUUCGAUGCGAUUUGUUGAAAGCAACUAGAGCAUUCCCGUGCAUGUCGGCGCGUAUCUCGAGAGAUCCGCAAUUAGAUACUAGUCCCUGGAGGAUGUUACUAUGACGUAGUUAUAAAUAUCAAAAUAUUUAUUGCGUAAUAGAAAAGUACAUGUAAAACCAAAGUAUUGUGUUCCUUAAUUAGUAGAAUCUUACGUAACUACGUUCUACAAAUAAAUGUAUUACUCCCUACAUGUAAUGAAACUUGUGAAAAUAAAGUACAAGUUUAUGACGUAAA